AUUAAGCUAAAGAAUUGAUCAAAAAACUCGAUUCACUUUUCUCAAAAACCCGAAUAUAACCAUUUCCCGAUUGCUUCCACUUCCAUCGAGAGAUUUUGCUUUCAUUUUUCUUUGAUUUUCUAUUUUCCUCCAAUGGCUAACUCCAAGAAGCAAGCAUGGUUUUUUUAUACUACAGGCUUACCAAGUGAUAUAGAAAUCGAAGUUGAUGAUAUAACAUUUCAUCUUCAUAAGUUUCCUCUAAUGUCAAAAAGCAAAAAACUUCACCAACUAAUAACAGAGCAAGAACAGAGAUUAGAACAGAGUAAAGUUUAUCCUCACAUCAAGCUCGAGAAUUUUCCGGGAGGUUCAGAGAUUUUCGAGAUGGUGAUAAAGAUAAGCUACGGUUUCAAAGUCGACAUCUCUGUUUCCACAGCUGUUCCACUACGUUGCGCCGCCGAGUAUCUCGAAAUGACAGAAGAGUACUCACCGGAGAAUCUCAUUUCAAAAACAGAGAGGUUUCUCUCAGAGUUUGUCUUCACUAACGUACGAGAAUCCAUUAAAGCUUUGAAAGCUUGCGAAUCAGUCUCGUCUUUGGCUGAAUCUCUCGGUUUAACGGAACAGUGUAUAGACUCCAUCGUCUCAAAAGCUUCCUUAACCGAUCCGUCGUCGUUUUACGGUUGGCCAAUAAACAACGGAGGUAUUUUCGCCGUUGAUCGGAAGAAACAGAGCAAAGAUUCGAAAACAGAGCUUUGGUUUGAAGAUUUAACGGAAUUGAGUUUUCCGAUCUUCAGACGUGUGAUCUUAGCCAUGAAAUCGAGAGAUCUGAGUCCAGAGAUCGUAGAAAGAUCUCUACUUACUUACGCGAAGAAACACAUUCCAGGAAUCUCGCGUUCAUCAUCAUCAUCAUCUUCAUCUUCAUCUUCCUCCUCCACCAUAGCUUCCGAGAAUCAACAGAGAGAAUUGUUAGAGACUAUAAUCUCAGAUCUUCCAUUAACUACAACGACGACGAGAUCUCUCUUCGGUUUGUUACGAUCAGCGAUCAUCCUCAACGCCUCCGAGAAUUGCAGGAAGUUUCUGGAGAAGAAAAUUGGUUCGAAUCUUGAGAAAGCUACGCUUGAUGAUCUUCUAAUUCCAAGUUACUCGUAUCUCAACGAAACGUUAUACGAUGUUGAUUUGGUGGAGAGACUCUUAGGCCGUUUUCUUGAAAACGCCGCCGUGUCGUCUUUGUCAUUGACGGUGGUUGGGAAACUUAUCGACGGAGUUCUUGGUGAAAUUGCAUCGGACGUUAAUCUUAAACCGGAAAAGUUUUAUAAUCUGGCGGUUUUGCUUCCGGUUCAAGCACGGGUUUACGAUGAUGGACUUUACAGAGCCGUCGAUAUAUAUUUCAAGACGCAUCCAUGGAUAUUGGAGGCAGAGAAGGAGAAGAUAUGUAGUGUAAUGGAUUGCCGAAAACUGACUGUUGAAGGAUGCAUACACGCGGCACAAAACGAGCGUUUACCACUACGAGCCGUCGUACAAGUUCUGUUUUUGGAGCAGUUACAGCUCCGGCAAGUAAUCACCGGGACGUUACUGACGGAGGAAGACGGUGAUGAAACCGUGGUGGACUUGGGGAGAUGGAAGGAUACGGAGAAGGAGAAUCAGGUGCUUCGUUUGGAUAUGGAUACGAUGAGGACACGAGUGAACCAGCUAGAGAAAGAAUGCUUGUACUUGAAGAAAGUGAUCGCUAAGAUCGACAAAGAAAGUUUGAAGGGGAACGAUGGGCAGAGUAAGUGGUCAAUCGGUAAGAAGUUCGGAUGUAAAUUUACGACUCAGAUCGAAUUGCUUAGAGUCUCUGAGGAAAGAAGGAAAAUUAUGGGACGUGUGGAUUAUCUAGCGAUGAAGACCGACGACGUCGAUACGGUGGCGGCGUUAGUCAAUUCCGACAUGGAAGAGCUCAAGGUCGCUGCGAAGAAACUAUUUAGCGAUGUUUCGAAGCUUGGUGGAUUAGGUUUCGGUGUUUCUUUUCUCAAAUUCAUCGCUUCUUUCGCUGCCAUCUACUUGUUAAUAUUGGAUCGUACCAAUUGGAAAACCAAUAUGCUUACAUCACUUUUAAUACCAUACAUCUUCCUUAGCCUUCCUAGUGUCAUUUUUAACUUUCUCAGUGGAGAAGUUGGGAAAUGGAUUGCUUUCGUUGCAGUUGUACUCAGACUUUUCUUCCCUAAGCAUUUCCCAGAUUGGCUUGAGAUGCCGGGUUCUCUAAUCCUUCUGCUGGUAGUUUCUCCACACUUCCUAGCUCACCAUAUACGUGGAACCUGGAUUGGCACUGUAAUCAGCCUUUUCAUUGGCUGUUACCUUCUUCAAGAACAUAUCCGAGCAUCGGGUGGGUUCAGGAAUUCAUUCACACAGCCCCGUGGAGUGUCAAACACUUUAGGGAUCAUCCUUCUUUUGGUCUACCCUGUUUGGGCUCUAAUCGUCCGUGUCAUAUAAUCCACAUUCCUAUUCCAUUCUCCAAGUUGUUUCUUGCUCGGCUGCUCCAAUAAAUUGCGUGAAACAUCGAGAGCAGAGCAAGAAUCUAUGGUGUUCCUUUCUUCUGAUUAUGUUGCAUACCCAAAUACUGCCUCAAGCUCAAUCAAUGUUCUAUAUAUAAAAGAAUCUCAUUUUUCAACUAUUUGUUUGUUUACUGUAAGAAAAAAGUUCUGAAAAUAUGCUUCUAUGUAAAUUGCUUAUGGAUUCUGUUUCGUAUAUGCAGUCGUGGAAUGUUUGUCGUUUUUGUUAUUGCAAUAAGAGAUUGAACGACAC